CAGCGAAGUCGAGGAAAAAGAAAAAGGUCUUAAUGUGUCCUAUUUGCUGCAGAAGAAAACUGCCCUGUUGUGCAUUUCUGAAAAAGUCUAUAGUCAGCAGGCUUUUGGUAGAGAAAACGACAGUCCAGGUUCAUCUGGUAGAGAAUUCCCGCUGAGAACUACAUGUCUGAGAACUACACGUCAAGCUCUCAUACUCAAAAAACAAUGGCAGAAUUGGAAUUCAAGGGCUCGAGCCCAAGGCCCCCGCCCCGCGUUGCGCGUGAGUGUACUCCAACUCGGGCAGAGAUGGAAAUGACGGCUGGGCCGGACACGGUGGUCCGCAGGGCCGCCUACCACCCGUCUUCUAACGCGGUCCGAGGGACUUUUUGUUUUGUCGGAGGCUGCAUUGCGGGAGCGAGAUCAUCCUAGGAGUCCCUAAGCAGACUCACUCCGCAAACUAGCCACUGACUAGGGCUUUCCUUGUAAAUAUUACUCACUUAGUACACGAUCGACCUGUGAUCUUCACAGAGAGUAAAUUUCAUUCGAAGUUGUUGAUGGAAAUAAGUUUGAGUUCUUCGUCUUGCAGUGUAUACCAUAGUGACGUAUAAUGUCACUUCGCAGGUUCUCGCUUCGACUCAGGAGAAACGCGUUUGCUUAAUGCGGCGAAACUACACCCUGUUGCUCGGAAGAAACAAAAGAUGCCCUUGGCAUGCCACUCGAAAGAUGACAUUGGCAUAACUCGUAAGAAGCAAAAGAUGGCCCUCGAAAAGGUCUGUGAGCAGACGCAGACGUCCAGUGGCGAGAAAGCUGGGUAACAUCUAGGAGAAUAUGAUGAUAGUGACACAAAAACUAAUGUUAUGAUAGUAACACAAAAACUAGGAGAUUAUCAUGAUAGUAACACAUCUAGGUGGAAGCACACAAAAACUAAUUUGUACAAGCAAUCAAAGAUUAAGAGGUGUAAGUAUUUUUGUCUAUUUGUCGUGCCGAGGGUACGCCUGUACUUCACCAACCAUGUCAACAGGUUGUUGGGCGAGGACAAAGGUACGGAGCGAGCUAGUUGCGAAAUGACGGGCGAAAAUAUUGAUGACGCACUGCGAGGCGGAAGCCGCCGAAGCCGCCGAAAGACAACAACUCUUACGGCUUACAUUGAAACUCUUCUCAAGUAUUUGUAUGGAUGCCCAAAACUGAUGAUUCCAAUUAUCGAUGUUGCGGAUUCCGUUACUGAUGAUUCCAAUUGUCAAUGUAUCCCGCUAAGAUGAGUCGGAAGCAGAACAGGGGCAAUUACGUUUCUCGCGGCGUUAUUGCGGAAAACUCAAGACGCUUCCGCUCAUGCUCGCGACGCUCUUCGGUUGUUAUGCAAAAAAUUUCUGUAGACGUUUGGUGGACUUCGUAUGUAAUGUCAAGGCUUACCUCCUCAAUGAGUGAUGGUGAGUAAUGUUUGAUGGCGUUCCCGAUGCGGUAGAGACUUUCAGUAUUCAGGUCCUUGCGUUUGGUCUUCAUUCCGUCUUUUUACACUUGGUAUUAAGCAGCUGUUACAUACUUCCCCAGCCUUACUUCCCCAUCUCUAAUUAUGUCGCGGUUGGUUUUACGUCGCGUAUUGCGUUAGCGUUACAGGAGCCAGACGUGAGAAAGAGUGGCAAACAGACGAGGAUGGAUGCCGACGCUGAGAGCGAGGGCGACACCGACACCUCUGACGUGGAUGUUGCGGAUGAUGCAUCUUGUGAGCUAGUGGACCACGGUAAAGGGUGUUUCCCGCAUUCGUUUCUCGAUGCCGCUAGCAGUGACGAGACGAGGGGAGCAGGGAGAGGCCCCCCUGCUGUGCAUAUUGCUGCUGCAUGCUGCUCACCUUCCCCGCCUACGAACAGCGCAGGCACAUUCUUUUUCAUACUACCGUUUGACUUAAAUUAUAACUAGUAGUAGUAGAAGAAGUAGUAUUAUCGUGAGCCUCUCAGAUUCUAAGUUUUGCAAACUGGAUCUCCAUCUUCGACGCAAAUCCCUUUUGGACAUUACAAUUUGGAAUUGGACUAUGAAAUGUGAUAUAUCCCUCCCAAUGAUCAUCUUCUAUUUCCGAUUCACAAUCUAGGUCAAGCUGCAUCUGCAUCGCAGCCAACGACAGACGCAGGUGCAUCCGAUGCGCAGCGGUCAGCGGCAAAUGCACAAGGUACAACCCAGUCAGCGAAAGGAGCGAGCGCGGCUCCACUCCCGUCAGCGGCACGAGUAGAACAGCAGCCGGUGCCCCAGUCAGCCGAAGAGAAAGCUGCAUCCGAGGCAAUGGCAAAUACAGAAGAGAGUGGCGCACUCCCACUCGGCCCAGCGGCAGAAGCAACAGAGCAAAAGAUCAAAGAGAAAGAUGAAGACGGUAAGAAGAUGUUGAUGAAAGAUCUUAGUAUGCACUAGAGUUAUCUUCCCUCGCAUGUUGACUGUCCACAUUUUCCUUCGUAUGAAAUCAGAGAGAAGAGCAAAAGAACUAGCAUCCCCCAUAGCGUUCUUCUUCACACAAUUCUGUGCGCGCCUGCAGAGAGGGCUUCCUUCAUGCGAGCGCACGCGGAAUGGUGGACCUGAUUAGGGUAAACUCUAUACUCCAUGUGUAAAGGACUUACUUUUUCAUUCCUCUCUUCCUCAAAAACAAAAUCAGGCUGGUGUGCUCCGCCAAAUUACACAGUGUCUGAGCACACAUCCGGUCGUGAUGAGUAUUACGACCGGGACGAACUUACUGAUGAUGAAAAAUGGUCAAUCGCCAUGAUUGGAGGAAAUCACUUUGACGAGUACGGGUGGGGGCCGGCGUCGCCCGUACUAUCAACAUGCGUCAACUUCAAUCCGGGGGUCAACUACGAAGCCCUCAAGUGCAAUCAGGUGUUUCAGGGAGCAACAGAAGCCACAAAUUGCGAAGACAAACCGUUGAAGGCCAAUGUCAACGCGCUCGUGGUUACGGAUCCUCACCGCGGUCCUACGCAGUUCCAACGGUUUGUUUGGAAAAAACAGGAGCAGCCUGGUGAGAUGUUUUGGAGGGUAGGAGGAGCGUGCAAUAUUAUGACAAGGAUUGGCUCUUUGAAUACACGCGCAGGACCUUAGAGCUGUCUUUUCGUUUUUUAUCAUUGUAACUGUAUCAAAUUGAGCUCUAAUCAUUCGGGAGCAAGUACGGAAACUGGUCGGGCUCGAGUGCAUGAAACGGCCGUAACAGACCCGGAGCACUUUUUUGAAGGACUGGGGAGUCGCCCGGGCGUCAGUGUGGAGGCUUUUGAGCGAGGGAUUUGCGUCGAAGAUGGAGACAAGAGCAAGACGCCGGCAUGCAAGAUGGCGAAGUGCGUGCCCCUCUGCAAGCCACCGCAAGAAAUUCUCAAAACGGAUGUAGAGAAAGGAGAUUCGCGCAUAAUGUGCGUGAACAUCCGACAUAGCUAUGUGCCACGGGGACUAUCUGACUGGACCGACGGUGGGAUAAAAACGCUGAGCGAAAGUCAUAAACCUGGGAACGUCUGGCUCAUGGGUGACGACGUUGUCCAAGUUAUGAUAAGAAUUCUCAGCAAUUCAGUUUCAGACUACAACUACGUACAGGCUUUUGCUUUGAGUUUCGAGAGUUCUUUUAUCAUGAUCUGCGUUUGAUGAAUCACGCAAGAAAAGCUUGUGUCCACCGUAUCCAUGAUUGACAUCCACAAGUACUACUGUUUGAAAACGCCUAGCAGCUCUAAUCUGAAGGUAGGAAAUAGAAGAGGAAAAUGCGUUCCGAAGCUGGAAAAGGAAACGAUAAAGAAGACGGAUCCCACAACACGUGAGCAGGUCGAAGAGACGCGGACAUGCAUGACCAUGAGCUUCGUCGAGGAGACACCAGGAUCAGCGGGUGCUAACGGCCAGUCGACGCCAGCUGCAGCUGGACCCAGUUCAUCGACACGAGAGCAAGCUCCAUCCAGGUCACCAAGCGCUGGCGGUGAUGGAGGUAUUUACGUUAAUCUUUCACAAUUCAAGAUUUUGUCCGUACACCUAGCUACUAUCAAAGCAGUAAUCAGUAUAGCCAUUGUAACCAGAUUGAGGUGAACCUCUUCCCAUGUUCAGAAGACUUACUAUUCAUUCCUUUCUCCCUCAAAACCAGGCGAUUGUGAGACGCCGGGGACAGUAGUGUCUCAGCAUGCAGGCGAGAAAGACCAGUUUUAUUAUCUGGACGGGGAAUUUGAGAGCUUGUCCAAGGGCUGGAAAGCAGCAAUCGCCACAAAAAGUGGACCAGGUCUUGAUUAUCUUAAUACGGUGUUCAAAGUGGAUCCGAGCCCCGUGCUAUCGGGAGAGUUUGGAUGCGUGGAUUUGGGGAAAUACGAAUUCAAGAAAUGUGAAGACAUGGGUUCUGAUAGUCAGAAGUCUCCUCACCUAGAUGGAUGCUUUGACGAUGGCAAAGGGUUUCACGCUACGAGUGAUGGUUUCUCAUUCAGUAGGUUUGUUUGGGCAAAGCCAGAGCAGAGCACGAACGGGAACGCCGAUUUUUGGAGAAAGGAUGGCGCGCCCUGCAAUGUUAUGAUGAGGAUGCUCUCAGACUUCAAUUGUUGCAAAAUAUGUCGCGGCUUCGCGUUGUAGUUGUGUCAGGCUUUCUCCCCAGAAUUUAUGGUAGAUUCUGCACUAUCUCUUUAUGCAUUUGCGCGGGGUAGCUAGGUGAUAAGAAGUCCCACGAUGUGACCUCUAACUUUCCAAACACGGACAUGAAAACUAGCGUUGGUGUGCAUAGAAUACCUUUGGUUGCGAAAGAGCCGGAUAAUUUUUUUGAGGAGAAAGAAGCCAAGGACAAGAUGGGCGCGGGGAUUAUUGCGCGAGGGGUUUGCAAUCGCGUAGUUGUGCAAGACACCAUGACGAAGGGGCACUGCACGAAAUCAAUUUGCCAUCGCGUCUUGCCCUUCUGCGAGCCGCCGCUGGUCGUUUUCACAGUUAGCGGACACGGUCAACUUGGUCUGACGAGUGCAGAGGUCACAGUCGAGUGGAAUGGGAGUCUUAGGCGGAACGAAUACCAACUACGAGACCCUGUUGGGGCUAAUGCACUCCAGGAUCUCUUGACGAAUGAGGCCGCGCUCAAGGAUAGGGUCGAGAAAUAUUCUUCGCUGGAAAAGUGCCUCAAGAUACCUGGAGAGAGAUAUUUCUCACAACCAGGGUUGAAUAACCUCGACAGCGCGAAGAUUGAAGGAAUAGUGAGGCGACACAGCGGCCAAUUUUUCGAUGACGUCUGGCGACAAGGUGACGUCAGCUUUAUGCCAAGAACUUUCAGCAGUCAAGUGACAUACUACAGCUAUAGGCUCUCUUUAUUCUGAGUUUCUUGAGUCGUUGUAUUAUCCAUUGCUUGCAAGAAGGCACGCAAGAAAAGUUCGCAUCGUAUCCAUUUACGUCCCAAAUUUUAAAAACCCACAUGAGUUCUAAUUAUCUCACGAGGGACGGCACGGAAAUCAAAGGCAAAUGCGCAUUCCAGGAGCGGAGGGAAACGGUAAUGAAGAAUAUUAAUGGAGAUAUGUGGGAGCCAAAAAUGACAGCUGAGAAUGUAGCAGAGACUAGGAAGUGCAGGGUCACGACCUUUCAAACGACAUCUGACAGGUCGUCAGGGGAAGGGCCCUGAUCAAAUUGCAGCGAGGUAAUAUUGACAUAACGAGACAACGAUAACCUAUUGAUGUUCUUACAAUUACAAGCAUAGACUAGGCGGUAUGGCUAUGACUGAUCUGAUCCGGCGCUCGUAGUACGGAUUCUCAAGAACAUGAUAAAACGAAGCUCAAUAUUGUUGAUAUACAUGUACGAUGAGAACUUCUCUACUGUAAAUUCCCCGAUCUACCAACCCUCACAGGUAUAAUAGUAGAUGGUGGUAGGGGAGGCGGUUGCUUACGGAGUUCGAGAAUUUUUGGGUGAGGGAAAGCAACCGGGAAAAAUGGACAAAGGCGGAGGAGAAGGCGUUGUGGGACACGGACACGGUUUGUGUGGAGGGAGACGGUUUUUCUUACGCGGGAUCGUGAAUUUUUGGUCGAGGAAAAAAACUAUGGAUGAAAAGGUGCUGUCGUAGAGUUCUGUUAUUUUUGCUGUACUAAUUUAUGAGAACAAAUUCUUCGUUUCUUUUUCUCCUUACUUUUCGAGGCACCAAUGCACUAGGUGAGAAUCACACCAGCCUUGUCGAUGAUACCAGUCACUCGUAUAAAGAAAAAAGUGCAUGGCCAAGAGCUGGGUGCUCCUUCGUGCCCGACGACAAUAUGCUUGGGCGCAGUAAAUUCAGUGAAGUAGGUGAGAUACUUAAUCUUCAUUCAGCAAGAACUGGAAUUUGAUGCAGCACGUUGUAGGACUUUCCACUUUCGAAAAAUGCAAAGGUUGACCUAUUGGUAGACUUACUCAUGAACAGAGACAGGAUCAUCAUUGAAAUUAAGCCGGAUUUGUACAGAUUCAGGAAGUUGUUCUCGAAAAUUAGACGAUCGUUUCCAAGAAUAUUGAUUCCGAAGAAAAGGACACCUAAAAAAAGACAGGCAGUUUCGAACUAAGUCAGAGUAUCUCAAGACAGGUGUUGAACAUAAGUUGAUCGAUGAGUUUGUUGCUUGGCCAGAUUGAUAUUUAGAAAACAUGGUACGUAGAACUGAGUUACUGCGGCUGAAGAUUUGACACAGUUUAUCCGCGGUGAAUGUUAACAAAAUGCAGAGCUAGAGCACAAGACCCAGACGGAUGAAAGCAAGGGGCCCUAUCAUCAUGACUGGACGUUAAUAGAACAAAAGAAACAUUUCUACCUCUAAUGAGCGCUCAAAAACACCAACUUGACUCAUUCUUGAUCCAUUGUCUUUGAACUUCUACUACAGCAGGUGACUUGAUUCUUGAUGCAUUAUCUAUCGAUACCCUAUGAAGGGGCAAACAACCACUACUACUGGUGACUUGAUUUUUGAUGAGUCGUCUCCCA